UGGAGGCCGCGGCUGUCGUAUCAGGUGUAUAAAGCUUCAGACUCGUGAAGGCGACGAAAGCGGGAGAACUCGUUCCGUGCUACGGCGCGAAGGACCUGCAGCCACAUUCCCCGAUGGCGAUAUGGCAGCCAUCUGGGCCCUUUGAGGCCGUGUUCCAGGACGUACCGCAGCCGGCAGCAAAGGAGCCCACCGCCCGGGAGGAGGCGGCCGCCCCCGAGGAGCCCACCGCAGCCACGGAGCCCGCCGCAGCCAAGGAGCCUGUCACAGCGAAGGAACCUGCCGCCCCGGAGGAACCCGCCGCCCCUGAGGAGCCCACCGCAGCCACGAAGCCCGCCGUAGCCAAGGAGCCCGUCGCAGUGAAGGAGCCCGCCGCCCCCGAGGAACCCGCCGCAGCCAAGGAGCCCGUCGCAGUGAAGGAACCCGCCGCAGUCAAGGAGCCCGCCACCCGCGAGGAAGCCGGCCGCAGCCAAGGAGGGUGGAGACGGCCGGGUUCUCGUGGGAAAAAAUAG